AUGUCGGCAGCUGUGACGGCGUCGAUGCGCGCUGUUGGAUGGAAUGUACGCUUCACCAUCGGGCCCGACAGUUAUCCUCUCGCCUUUGCUGGCGUCUACCAGAACCCGCGCAAGCCUACAAUCAAGUUUGCCGACGUGUGCGCCGAGCUAGCUUUGUGCUUCGAGUUCAAGACUCUAGACGGGGAGCGUGGUAUUCAUGAGAAUAAUGCUGGCGACAAGGGCGACAAGGGGAACACUGGUGGUCCGAAUUCGUGGGAGAAGAUCGCGUUUGCCCUGACUGAAAAGCCAGACGCGACCAACGAAGCGGAUCAAGUCGCGUAUCCCUCUUGGAUAACAGAAGAAACCCUAGACGAACUAGUGCCUGGUGUACUAUCCAUUGACUCCCAGCAACAACGAAUCGUCAAGUACCACAUUGUUCGACACGAUCACUGCCGCUUACCCGCUGAUUCUUCAUUAAAAGACCACCUUCAAGCGAAAUGCGCCCAACAUCUGGCAGACCCCGACCGCCGCCGCCACCCUGCCUAUCUGCCACACAACAAGAUGCCAUCUGACCCGAGACUCAACAUUAUGCCGCUGCGACGUAAAGCAAAGGCCCGCUCGCAAUCGCCGCCGAAACGAACCGCCUCUGGGGCCACCUCUCCCGGGAAACCCACCGACGAUGCCGACGGUGAAGACAACAACAUGAUCGCCCCGGCAAAUACGGACAUUGAUUUAGACGAGGCCAGGCGGGUGGAGAAUGAGUUUAGAAUGGCCUGUAUAAAUUGGUCUUCCUGCUGCGCCAUCUCUGGCGACGGACGGCCGUGGUGUUUCGGUCAGCCUAUCGGUCCCGGCAUUCAAGCUUGCCAUAUUGUGCCGCAGCAACACUAUCAUCUAUACCCAGUCAAAAACAGCACGACGUUGGCUUCUGAGGGUGACAGAGCAAUCGAAGACAGUCCUCGUGGCCUACGUGAGGCAUGGGAACAUACGUGGAGCCCCGCCAAUGGCAUCCUGUUGAUGAAGCACAUUCACGACUUUUUCGAUAGUCGCCUCGUUUCCAUUCACCCACUUACAUUGCUAGUACGCGUUUUUGUCCCAUAUCAAGCCCUAGAACCCUUCCAUGGUCGCAAGGCGCAGGUGUCCCCAGCAGUGGACCGCAAUGCACUGCGGCACCACUAUGACAUGUGCUGCAUCGAGAACAUGGCUGCAAGCCGGCGGAAUCUGCUAACAUCACUCGUCACCAGCGGGAAGAGCACUUCUACGACCAGCUUCAUCAAUACCUCUGGCGGCGGCACGCCUUUUAGUGGAGGAACCGGCCUCCCCAUGACGCCCAGCUUGGGGCGCACGCCAACCCAGACAGCUAUGCGUCCAGCGGGCGACCCGUCUAAGAGACAGCGAACGAUCCGUGACGGCAGUGACAAAGGACAGUCUACAAACGAAGUUGAAAUUUGGCAAGAGGAUGUUGACUCUCCCCAGCGGAAACGACGGCGGAUGGAAGAUGCGUACAGAUUCGACAGCUAUAUUAUGCCGCAUAACCACCGCCAGUUUCUGGCGGACGUUAACUGGGAGCUGUGGAAACUGAAGGCGGGGUCUUGA